CAAAAAACAACAACUAUAGUGUACGGUCGACAGUUCAGAGCUGUUUCCCACGAAGAAUGCAAAGAACAUUGCAACACAAAUUGUUUGGAUUUGGAUUAUAAAAGAACCGUCGACAAUUAUACUAUAGAUUUACAAAAAUCUUGCAUAGAUAUUCUGAUCGGUUGCAAAACUGGCCAAAUAACGUGGUAGUUGAAGCCACAAGAUGUUCGAAUACAAUUAUUAUUUUUACUCUCAAUAUUAUUAUACUUCCAUAAAUAAAUUAUAUUAUAUGCAAUAUUAUAAAGGCGUUUAAGUAAGUUUAAAUUUGUAUCUUAUUAAUAGUUUUCAAAUUGUAACGAUUUUUCCUAAUUCGCCCAAACUAAAUUCGCCGCAUAUGCAUCACAUGCAAUUUGUCAUUUCUAUUUUUAGUCAACGCAAUUGCAUUUAAUUUAAUUUAUCCACGCUUUCGUAUAUAAGCUUGAGUUUGUUAUCAAUUGUGGACAAAGCAUAACGGAUGGCAUUGUGUGAAGGUUGGCAGAAAACAGAAAUAAACUUGAAGAUUAAAAAGUUUACUUUGAUUUUAAAAAGAAGUAAAUAAGUAAAUAAAAAUAUAGUCCACCGAUCAUAAUGAAAAUUGUGAUAUUUGUGUGUUUACUUCCUCUGAGUUUGGGAGCAAGGUGGCAUAUAAGUAAUUGUCCUUCGGAGUGUCCCGAUACUGAGGAUAUAGUCUGGGCCAUGGGUCAAUACUGCAAUGUGUUUCGCAACAAAUGCUUCUUUGAUGGCGUCAAUUGCUUUCGAUGGUCAAUAUUUAUGCGACCCAUGAGAAUAGUCGACAAAGUAGAGUGUCAAAAGCAUUGCGACUCAGAUUGCUCGAAAAAAGGUCCUCCAGUAGUUGAAUACUACAAAACCGAAGUGAAACAUUUCAGAAAUAUAUGCGAAAGUAUUUUGCACACCUGUCGAACUGGACAAAUAUUCGAGUAACAUGGAAAUGGAUUUCCUUUAAAUAUACUUUAAGUAUUUUAGUUGUAUUCAUUUUUUUUAUUUCUCAAUAUUUUAUUUACCAUAAUAUACAAGUAUGUACACUUAGGUAAGAAAAUUUAUAAUAAUCAUUCCCUUUCAGUUUGAAAUAUUCAAUUUUAUUUAGUCGAAAAAUACUAUGUAAUAUAAGUUAAACAUCGAGUAAAUUAUAAAGAUUUUUAGAAAAUUUGUUUGUCUUGUAAUAAUAAGAAGCCUUAAUAGCUAAAAUCCAAGCCUCUGUGUAGCGCAUAAUAUAAACAUGCAUAUUCACUAUUGAUGCUAUUAAGAGUCAAAACGUUUUAAACAAAUGAUUAGCAUAACAUUUGCAUUAAUAUGUUAAUAAAACAAAUUGACUGCGUUUAAACUUACUCUUUUAACCU